UGAUGCAGAGGCAGGGAGGGAGGGGGGAAGGCAAGCUGGAGUAUCGCUGGGAGCCGCGGAGGCUUUCCACGUGAAGUCCUGGAAGUCGGAAGGAGACUAAGUAAUAGUGAAAUGACCCGUUAUGCAUUUGAGAAUACUGUGUUAGUCAACUUCCACUGAUGGCAUGUUGAAGUUUAGUGAACAGCAGCUGAGCGGGUGUGUGACUGGAAGGGGACUGCUCUAAAAGCUGGGCUUGCAGCAACAUGGGCCAGUGUGUCACUAAGUGCAAGAACCCUUCUUCCACCCUUGGCAGCAAGAAUGGAGAGAGGGAGUCCAGCAGCAAGUCGCACAGCAAAAAAAGUGCAGUCCACAAGGAAGAACACCCCUCAGUAUGUGGGAAAUCCUCUGGGGAUAUACUUGUCAACGGGACAAAGAAAAUGGAUGCUGCUGUAGAAUCUAGUCAACCUCCGACUUUCUCUGGUGAUGUAAAGAAAGAGCCUGUUUCUGGUGCAGAAGAGUCUUCACUCCAAAGGAUCGGGGAGUUAUUUAGGAGAUAUAAGGAUGAACGUGAAGAUGCCAUCCUGGAAGAAGGCAUGGAACGUUUUUGCAAUGACCUCUGUGUUGACCCCACUGAAUUUAAAGUGCUAGUCUUGGCUUGGAAGUUCCAGGCAGCUACCAUGUGCAAAUUUACAAGGAAGGAGUUCUUUGAGGGCUGCAAAGCAAUAAAUGCGGACAGCAUCGAUGGCAUUUGUGCUAGGUUCCCCAGCCUCUUAAAUGAAGCCAAACAAGAAGAUAAAUUCAAGGAUCUCUAUCGUUUCACCUUUCAGUUUGGCCUGGACUCUGAAGAAGGACAGAGGUCGUUACAUCGGGAAAUAGCCAUUGCCCUUUGGAAGUUAGUUUUCACGCAGAAUAAACCCCCUAUAUUGGACCAGUGGCUAAACUUCCUAAUUGAGAACCCCUCAGGAAUCAAGGGAAUCUCCCGGGACACGUGGAACAUGUUUCUAAAUUUUACUCAGGUGAUUGGACCAGAUCUUAGCAACUACAGUGAAGAUGAGGCCUGGCCUAGCCUCUUUGACACCUUUGUGGAGUGGGAAAUGGAACGAAGGAAAAAGGAAGAGGAAACCAAAUGUAUUACAUCUUCAGACACGGAGGGUCUGUGUCCAGAAGAACAGACUUAACAGCAUUUGCGCAGCAGUGACACAACCAGCCUGUUGCCCUUUUGUUUAGUGUAAACUCUGGACCUUUCUGGAAAUUACUGAGGCUCCAGAUUUUUCUACUUUACACCUUUCUCUGCCUUGUAUUCGAAAGGGCUCUAAAAUGCUGUAUCAUGUUUUAGGCACUUUCUUAAUUUUGGUUAUUCCUUUUACUCUUGUCCUGAAAUAUUUGACCCUGGCUACAAGUUAAACAGUUGUGGGGGUUUUUUGUUUUGUGUUUUUUGUCUUUUUUUUUUUUGUUUUGUUUUUUUGUUUUUGUUUUGUUUUGUUUGUUUUUAAGCUUUCAGAUUAGUAAAUUGUCUGACAUUUCUUGCACAAUGUAGAUCUUUUUGUUAGGUUAAAUUAACAUUGCUAAAUUAUACAGUGCCAGAUUUUCAGUUUUGCGUACUACAUCUAUCAGGGCAGGUCUGUACUGUGUGUAGUGCUGUUUACAUUGUUGAAAUUUUAGGCUGUAAUAAUAAUUUUGAAGUUUUAUACCAGGAUGAAUAGCAGUGUUAACUGUUAACUACAAAUGCAUUAAUUCCAGAUAAUGGGGCUAGAAAAACAAUGUAAGCAACAGCUUUUUGUAAUACAGCUAACUCCCAUUUUAAGCUAACUCUCAGUAAAGUGAGUCCAGGUUAUUCCCCUUUUUGGUGAGUAUUUAACUAAAGCUUUGCCUUUUGUUUAUUAAACUAUAUUGUACUUGUCAGCCAAUUGAGUGCAAAAUAACACUUUAUAUCCAAAAUCAUUAAUAUGCCGCACACAACAGAGCAGCACUACCUCAGUUUUAUUGGAAGUAGUUGUUCUUUAUGAACUUUGAUUUCUUUUGAAGUUGUAUUUUCUUGGCUACAUGAAAAUACCUUUAUUUGCCUAGAAGAGCCAAAGGUUCUGCUUCUUAACAUUGGAAAACAUUAACAAAUGCAUAAUAUUGCCUCCAAGGAAAACUGUGGUGUAACUGCUUUAACUUGUUUGACUUGUACUGAAAAGCAUUAUCAGCUUACUUGCCUGGCAAGUGCAGUAUGCCUGCACAGGAACCACCUCUGCAUUAAUGAUGAGAAACCAAUUUUUUAAACCUAUAUUUAAUUGCUAAACCAUCGCUAGCGCUCCAUAUUCACUGGAGCAAAACCAUUGGCACCUGAUGACAAAGUGAAUUUCUUAAUGUGUUUUUAAUGACAGCAGUGUAGGCAAGUCAUUUUUAGAUUGAUUUAAUUAUGUUAAAUAGGACUCAAUUUAUUAUUUUUAAUGACCUGUAUUGGGAUUAUUUACCUGCUGAAACUGUUGUGAUCUGAAAAGGGAGUUUUAUUAACACUGGUUGAAAUGGUUUUUUGGGGCAGUUUUUUUUGGUUAUUGACGCUACCUUUUUUAAAUUUUAGUAUAUCGGGUUUUUUAACACUUUUUGGUAAAAGGGAUAAUAGCUAAGGUUUCUGUCAAGCUAAACAUUGGCACCAUGUAUAUUUGAUACACUUCCAUUAUACGUCUGUCUUUCAGACUAGCAUUUCCAGGUCAUAAAAUGGCUUCUAUUAAAAAAAACAACACACAAAACAGCAAAACCCCAACCAAAUAGUGAUCAAUUUAGUCCAUAUUAUGUAGCUGCUUCUGCUGUAGGAUUUUUAAAGAUAAAUCCAAGUGAAGUCUUGCCACUGGCUCUGCUGACAUGCAGUCCAACGCACAUGCAGAGCUUCAAGGGCUCCCUGCAGGUGUCCCACCCACAGGGCCCUGGCAUAAUACUGGGGUGCCUGCGAAUGGAUCUCAGCAUUGGAUCUCUGGUUUAAGAUCCUAAUCACUAAACAGACCUGAGAAGCUAAAAGAGUCUUUAAAAAAAACAAACAAGCUCAGACUUAAUCUUUUUCAUCCACCGUUAUGACAGUUCAGUGCUUUUCUAAGUGACUGUUAGGAACAUGUGAAGUUGUCAGGGAAACAAGUGUAGGUCCUGUUUCAGGUGCAACUGAGGUCACCAACUUUCAGAAGAAUUGCUGAGGCCUGAAUUUGUUUUUUGAUAGGUAAAUACACCCUGAAACUUUACCUGCACUUGUAUGUAGCUGUACCAGCUAAUCCUCCUAAUGAAGACAGUUAUACCAGCCAGGCAGUGCUUUUGGUCAUUAUAGCUUAGUCUGGUUGGGUCAGCAAAAUUGAGCAAAAACUCUCUUGCAAAAAACUGGUCGGGCUUUUGCUGGCACAGUUAAGAUGCAUCAUACCCCAACAAACCCUGCUCUGCUGCCAAAAUUUCUGCGUGUAUCUGGUUUGAGAGCAAACGUGGAGGCUUUUUUUGUAAGUUUAAGGCUACACAUGCAUUCUGUUAGGGAUUGUGUCUUGUCUAGUUUAUUUGAUCACUUCACUUCCUCCUAAGAGAACUCAGCGUGAAGACAGGCUGCUUAGUGUGUACUACUGCCUGUGUGUGCACACAUACUUGUUACUAGCAAUGCACAUAAUACUGCAGUGCAUCCAGAAGUUAAUUGCCAUGAAACUCAAGUGCAUUUUAAGAAAAAUGCAUUUAUCUUGUGGUCUGGCCUGACUGUGGAUUAGGACAAGGAGCCAAAUGUAUAGUACACCAAUGCCUGACCAUUCAGUACUUCUGUGGAGCUGCCCCUAGCACUCUACCUUGGCGAACAACCCCAUAUUCCACAUGAAGGGGAGAAAUUUCCUUUUUACAGUGGGAUGGAGUGCAAAUCUGGGUGGCUUGGCUCCUAUGCUGUCCUAACAAAAUGAAGGCUUUGUUCUGUCUGAGAGCCACCUAGCAGGAAUCAGUUUGGGAGUAAAAAGCUUCUCACACUAGCUGAGUGGAUUUUUCCAGAAAGGAGCUGUCAUUUAAUGUUGAGAUUUAAAUUCUUCUUUUAGCUUGACAAGAGACACACAACACAGUCAGGGCUGCCACUUUUUAAACUUGAUAUGGGCCGGGAAUGACAAGAGCUAAGUGUAAUGAUGUGUUCUUGGGGUUGCGCAGCACUUGCACAAUGGCAUGCAGGAGGCAGUGUCAGUACUUGCUCUGGAUUGUCUACACAUCCAAACUAACUUGCUUUUUAUGUCAGUGUAUCACCCAUGGGAUUGGGGUUCUGUACAUGUUUCUGGGAACCAUUUGUUAACAUUGGAGCCUUGGAAAUCUGCUUGUUUAAUGGUUGAACUGUGAAUUUCUGUGGAAUAGGCCAAAUAUUGACACUUUUUCAUUUUUAUAUCUAUUUUAAUCUUGAAAGUGUAGAGGGGGUUAUAUGUGGGCAUGAUGCUGAUCAAAUUUUCAAAACCAUUAGAAUUAUUUUUGUGUUACUCAUUUGGAAAAAAACAACAGAUAAAACUUGAUGCAUGAAAUGAAACUGCUGCGUCUUGGGGUAAGUAGCUGUAGAUAUGCAUUUUGACAGUUUUAGUAAUAUACUGGAAAACUGGUCUGAGAUCCAAGCUCUGGCAUUUUAUUGCCUUCCCUUUCACACUUGAUAUGACUUGUGUGGACUUCAGUGCCCCAAUCCUGAUCAAUAAAUACUUGAGUUUGGACAGCUUCCCAGUAGUGUGGUUCACAACACCUUUUGAAUUCAGCAUCCCAAAUGUGUUGAGGCCUGACCCUGCAGCUCCUUUGACUUUGUGGCAAUACUCGCAUGAGUCAAGAUGCAUGUAAGGAUCAGCAGGAUCAAGGCCAUAUAACUGCAGUCAGGACCAUGGGAAUGUAUUCAAGGAGACUGUUGAAUUUUGUGAAUCUAUUUGUUGCUAGUGAUGUUCUAAAUGGGGUAUUUAAUAUGGCACCAUUGUAACACAAUAACCAGAGGAAAAUGGAAAGCUAAGCCUCUGGUAGAUCAUUAGAAACAGUAACUUGUCAAACCUGAAUUUUCCAAAAUGUCUGCAAACCAGGAGUGUUGUCCUUGGUAUUGAUAGAAUACUGUCAAUAUGAAUAUCCCAUUUCCAUAAUAUAAAAUCUCUAACCUUCAUUUACGAACAAAUAUGCAACAAAGUCCAACAAGGAAAUGCUGUCUUGGUAUUUAAAACUGCUUCACCUUUGACAUCAUGUUUGUCCACUGAAACAGUCUUUCCUUUUCAUAGGCACUGACUGCCUUUUCCACUUCUAGGUCUUGCAGCCUUGUGUCCUAAAGCAUGGUGUCAACAGUGCUUUCAGUUUGGGAACUCAACCCUGCGGCUCACUUGCAAUGAAAUGGGCAUGUGAAAGUAGCCCUUUAUGCUAAAAAUGCACUUCUGGUGCUACAUCCAUCAGAAUUCUUCAUUUUACUGUUCCACUAAGAUUUAUUUAUUGAAAAAUAACUUGUGUAAAUGCUGGAUAUCUGUUGAAGUUAGCUGUUAAUUUAAUGUCUGAGCCUCUGGAUCCAGACGGUCGCUCUGCAAUGUAAAUAAUUCACCAGACUCUGACACAAAAGGCUGUAACUCAAUUCACCUUGUAGUAUGUGGGCACUCAUUAGAUAUACUGACCAGUUACUGUUCUUUUAGGAUUCUGUCUGCAUAACUGCUGCAUCAUUAUAUUGACAUAAGUUUGAUACUAUCUGUUUCUUAAGUUCACUGCAGUAUUUGGUAUACUGCUAGUAGUUUGCAUGUGACUGACCAUUUCCAGGAAUUAAAAAACCAACAACAAAAGUCCAGCUGCUGGACAAAUUAAGGGCACUCCAGAUGUUUUGUUCCAGAAAGUAAGAGUGAUUUGAGCUACUGUGUGGUAAAAGGCUUUUGCCUGUGGCUCUUCCCUGUUGCGGCUAUCCUCAUGCAGAGGAUAGUGAAAAGCCAUUUCCUAAGAGUGAACUAUAGACCUUUUUCAGUCUAUUCCUUUGAAAAUUAUAAUCUACAACACCAUGAGGUAGCAUUUCUUCAGAGGAAAAAUAUUACUCUCUGGUUCCAUGUUAGGCUGCAAGUGCAGCAUUUUUUGUAGUUCUGUUUAAUUUAGCUUAAAAAUCUAUGUCCAUCCUCCAUGUCUUCCCAAGACCAAUGCCUUGUUCAACACAGAUUUAUAUUUUGAGCAAAGGUGAAAAACUGGCCUGAUGCCAUCUUCAGGAAGCUAACUCCUUGGUUUGGCAAAUAAUGCACUUGGCAGUCGUUUUCACAGGCCACAACUAUCUGCUUCCCUGCUCAAAACCAAUGUACAUUUGAUGCAGGUGUGGUUGUGCAAGACUUUCUCCAAACCGGAGUAAGAAUGCCUUCCCUCAAGGGAUGUGCAGCUCCUGCUGACCUGAAGCAAUAGGCCGUGGGGGCUUGAAAGACUUGUCUUGCAAGCAGCUUGCCUUAAGCAAUUGAAUUUAUAGCAGUUCUUCACUACUGUUGUAAUCCUCUGCCUUUCCGGGUAUUUGUUUUUAUAAGCUUAAACUCCAUGGGAGGCUGUACAAUGUUUUUUAACUCCUACCUAUGCAUAAUUGCACUCUUUCAAGAAGCCCUCUGAAUAUUUUCAGGAAACUUUAUACACAGAUAGAGGAAAAAUAUCAUUCUUCAGUGGUCAUGCUCUAACAUGAAUUUUUACUUAAGUUGUGUUUUAUGAGCUAAGUUACCUGCUGUUGAAUAAAUAUGUUUACUUGACUUUGCCAUUCAUGCAGUUACAGCUGCUGGUUCUUGUAUUGCUGUCCUGGGGGUGCUAAAGAGGGCAGGUUGUGCAUGACAGGUGACAAUCUACAUCUAAUACCAGUAGAGUGCAAGGCUGGCUACUGAUAGAGCUACAUCUUAUGCUUUCUCUUCUGAAAGGCUGUUUUAACCACAGAUUGUGAAGGGAUGGACUGGAAAGGGCGGGAGCAAAUUGAGGCCAUAAUUCUGUUUGCGCAUCCAUCCUAAGAAAGCAAUGCAGUUUGCAGGCUUGGACCCUCCAUCUUCAUUAUUUGUCUCCCAAGCUGUCCAGUGUCCUGUCUCGCAAGGUUUUGCCACCGGGAAAGGAUGAGUGUGGUGUCUGUCUCCUGUCUCUGGAGUCUCACUCUUGUAGGCAAAAUGCUGUCUGAAGCACUUUGGAAACUGAAUUAGGGUGUUUUUUACUUCAUUGCAUUUUCUUUUAAGGGUCAUGGCCAAUUUGAUACAGUCAGUUCAGGAAAACUUCCAGGUCCUACACUUGCUAAUUUUGAGUCCCUUUGCCAAUAUGUAUGGCUUUACCAUUACUUUCUUACUGAAUUCUUUUAGCUGUUGUUGCUGUGCAGAAGUCCAACAGAAGAAAUGUAAGUCUCCUAGGCCAAAUGCUGUCAAAUGCACAAAGCCAAUGAAAGUGGAGGAUCUUUGAGUCCUAGCAAAUUUGUGUAGCCCUGAAGUUGACUGUGUCCUUUUUUAUUUUUAUUUUAUUAAAAUAAGAGCAUUAAAUGCAGCCUGGUUAUCUUAGUUCACUUUCUUUUCACUAGUUCAUCCAUUGCUGACUUCUAGAACUUGGCAGAUGUAUAGCUAAAUAUUUCAGUGGUGUUUUUUUGUCUUAAUCCAAUGGGUUUUUCAUCUAACCUGUGAGGUUUCUAAGGUAAGUUCUUUCGAUUUUAAAUUACUGAUCCCUUAAAAAACCUUCAGUCACAGUAUAUCUCCACUACUGUAGGUUUGUCAUUGUUUCACAGUCCCUUGAUUUCCUGCAUUCCAGUAAGACUCAGUCCACUGGAAAGGGAAGUUGCAGAAUUGCUCUGUGCUUUGCUGAGCGAAUGAGUUCCAUUUGGGUGUUUGUAAUGCGCACUUUGGUGUUCAGUGGUUUGUGUGUAAAGCUUUUUGUACAAAUGUCUUAUUUAAAGUCAAAGUCCUUUUUACAUGAAUUUGCAAUUAAAGGGAAAACUUUUAUUUUUUUUCCUAUC